AUGCACUACGUCCUAUUCUCCGGCAUCGUGCCAGCAAGCAAAGCCGCCGUAGGCGCAGAAUACUACGGCACGCUCCAACCGAUCCUCCAAAACAUCUCGGGCUUCAUCGAGGAGGUUCCCUUCGGAGAUCCCACGCAACCGCACAGGCAGUGUCUCUUCGCGCAAUUCACGGAUGCGGCCGCUCUGGCGAGGUGGAGGAAUCAUCCGACGCAUUUGCGGGUCAUGCACGAUGCGCGCCAGAAUGUCUUUGAUGAGUUUCGGAUCGUUGUUGGGACGGAUAAUGAUGAUGCGGCAGCAGCAGCAGAGAGGAUCGUGAACAUUUACCAGAGGCCUGUGAGGACGACGGAGCCUGGAGAGGACUUGAAGCGACUUGUGGAUGGGGUGGAGAAGACGGCGGCGGGAAAGACGCCGGAGUCCAAGUUCUAUGUGGGCGAGAAGCUGCUCAUGUGGGUGUCGAGACCCAAGGGUGGGUCAAGCGUGGAGGAGUUUGAGGCUUCGCUGGAACGUGUGCCUGGGGAUGCUGUGUAUCGGGUUCGUGUCGUUCGCGAGUAUUCCAAGGGAGAUCGGAGGGAGGCUCCUGUGGGAAUCGAUGGUGCUGAAGCCAUGGCGGGAGCGUGA